CUGGAAGUACCGCCUUUGACCACAUGAUUCACGAGACUGUGUUGGAGUUUUGCUUUGGGGUGAAGUGCAGCUGAAUUUACAGUGUGUUUAGCGGUGUUUGUAAAAGCGUUAACACAAUGUCUUCAUCUAAAGGGAACAUUAUUACAGUGGUAGGAAGUGGGCUGAUUGGCCGCUCCUGGGCCAUGGUGUUUUUAAGCGGAGGCUACCGGGUUAAAAUCUAUGACAAUCAGCCAGGACAAGCGUCAGGGGCCAUUGCAGAAAUCAGGAAGCAAGUGGAAGAGCUUCAGGAAGCUCACAUGCUUAGGGGAAAGCUCAGUGCUACAGAGCAGUUGAAUCUACUGAGCAGUCAUGAUGACCUAUCCCAGGCACUAGAGGGAGCAUUUUUUGUUCAGGAGUGUGUUUUUGAGGACCUACAAGCCAAGCAGACUGUUUUCCAGGCCGUGGAAAAUCACGUGUGUGAGGACACUAUUCUGAGCAGCUCCACCUCGUGUCUGAUGCCCAGCGACGUCUUCUCUCUAGUCCAGAACCCAAAACGCUGUAUUAUAUCCCACCCGGUGAACCCACCCUACUAUGUUCGUCUGGUGGAGCUGGUUCCUCACCCUGAGACCCUUCCUACGGCUAUGGACGUGGCAUUCGACUUGAUGACUGAGGUGGGGCAGGCACCUGUACGCCUCAGGAAGGAGAUUGAUGGCUUUGCACUAAAUCGAGUACAGUAUGCCAUUAUAGCGGAAUGCUGGAGACUGGUUAAAGAUAAUGUGAUCUCAGUAAAGGAUAUUGAUCUGGUGAUGUCAGAGGGGCUGGGCAUGCGCUACGCUUUCAUUGGUCCAAUUGAAACUAUGCAUCUGAAUGCACCAAAUGGUCUUGAAGACUACCUUACUCGCUAUCGGCAGGGCAUGAAGAGAGUUCUAUCUAGUUUUGGGCCUGUUCCUGAGUUUGAUGGAGAGGCAGCAACUAGAAUCAAUCAAGAGAUCUGUGAGCUUAUCCCAAGUGACCAGGAGCAUCUCUCUGCCAGACGAGAAAGACGGGAUCAGUUUUUGAUGGGUCUGGCUAAGCUUAAGAAAUGAAUGACUUCUGGUCCCUUACUCAUAGUCUCACAAAAAAAGGCAUUAAAGUUUAACUGAGACAGGAAUACUGUUUAACCACCAGGACGUCUGUAUUCGGUACAUUUGAAACUGAAAACGGACACUAUGACUAUCAAAAGACUUAAUAUGAUGUUUUGUUUAAAACCCAAACCUGACCCUUCUUACAAUUAAAAAAACUAAACUGA